AUGGAGAAGUCCUCCGAUGAGCUAUCCAAUCAACCACUGAAAUCCAGAAUGAUGCCCAGGAAGGAGAGGGACAGGGGAGCCUCAGUGUCUCCAAGAAGAAAUCCUCAAAGGAAACCCAAGGUAGAUCAGCUCUCUGAAGCAUCAUCAGUGAGGAAAGAGAAGCUGCAGACGGAGAGGCUAGGUACACAUGGAGUGAAGAUGGGGCAAGAGACAGAAGUGAAGUUGAAAUCAACUGUGGUGGACAUAGACAGCGUGAGAGAUGAAGUCAAGGAUGAGAAUGUGGGGCUUCUGGAAGUAGCAGAACAGGAAGACCAUCUGAAGCACAAGAACCUGGGAGUCUGUGAGUGGCUAGUGAUGGUCCUUGUCUUGGCUCUGGUUCUCCUCUUCCUCCCUUUUUCCAUCUGGUUCUGUGUCAAAGUAGUGAGGGAACAUGAGAGAGCUGUGAUCUUCAGACUUGGUCACCUACUGCGUGGAAGACCCAGAGGACCAGGUCUUCUUUUCUACCUCCCGCUACUUGAUGUGUGUCACAAAGUUGACAUCCGACUGAAAAUGUUGAAGGUUCCUCCUCACGUGGUGGUGACAAAAGACCUGGUGAGGCCAGAGCUGAGCGUGGUGUGUUAUUACCAAAUAGAGAACGUGGCACUGUGCAGUUCAGCUGUAUCCAGUCUGACCACAGUGCUGCAGAGUCUGGUUCAGGCAGCAGUCAGAGACGUCCUGGCGCAGCAAACAUUCAGCCAUGUCCUGCUGCACAGGAGGAGGAUCGGGGAGCAGAUACAAACAACAGUUGACUCCUUUGCUUGUCGCUGGGGCAUCAAGGUGGAGAGAGCGGACAUAGAUGAGCUCAGUUUUCCUGUGGAGUUACAGCAGAGUCUGGCUGCUGAGGCUGAGGCCAAGAGACAACAGCAGAUCAAAGUCAAAGCAGCAGAAAGUGAGAUGGCUGCCUGGGAUGGAUUUAGGGCUUCCCUCCGUCAUCUUCAACCUGCCUUGGUCCUGCCUUUCCCUCCAAACCUGAACUCUGACCUUUCAUCCCUACCACCCCCUCCUCCCCCCGGUGUGGAAGGCGAUGGUGGGGUGACACCUGGGGAGCCAGACACAGACUCGCAAAUGAUGUGAAACUUUAGAGUUUCUGCUGUAUUUAAAUUGUGCUCAUAAUUACCUCACCCAGCGAUAGGUGGAGAGUUUAUGUUUUUGGUCGCGGUCUGUCUGUUAGCAGGAUAACUUGGAAAAUAAUGAAGGGACUUCAAUGAAGAGUUGUGGAGUUGUGGGUGGUGCAAGGAACAAUUGAUUAAAUUUAGAUGGUGAUAUGCAUCACAAUCUGGAUCAAGGAUUUUGUAAAAGGAUUCUUUACCAGGUGAGGUAGGCGCUCUGCUGAGUGCCCUUCUAGUUUCAA